CGCGCAAGCGCCGCGGCCCCGGGCGAACGAACUGGCGGUGUAGUGCAGGUUCGCCAUGGCUGAGGCGUCACGGUGGCACCGAGGCGGGGCUUCGAAACAUAAGCUGCAUUACAGAAAGGAAGUAGAAAUUACAACCACACUUCAGGAAUUGUUACUCUACUUUAUUUUUUUAAUAAACCUAUGUAUAUUGACUUUUGGGAUGGUAAACCCACAUAUGUAUUACUUAAACAAGGUUAUGUCAUCUCUAUUUUUGGACACUUCUGUGCCUGGUGAAGAAAGAACCAACUUUAAGUCUAUUCGCAGCAUAACUGAUUUUUGGAAGUUUAUGGAAGGACCCCUUUUGGAAGGUCUGUACUGGGAUUCAUGGUACAAUAACCAGCAGCUGUAUAAUUUAAAGAACAGCAGUCGCAUCUACUAUGAGAAUAUACUUCUAGGAGUCCCCAGAGUUCGUCAACUGAAAGUCCGCAACAACACAUGCAAAGUCUAUUCAUCUUUUCAGUCUUUGAUGAGUGAAUGUUAUGGCAAAUAUACUUCUGCAAAUGAAGACCUCUCUAAUUUUGGCCUUCAAAUUAAUACUGAAUGGAGAUAUUCUACUUCUAAUACCAACUCCCCUUGGCACUGGGGAUUUCUUGGUGUUUACCGAAAUGGAGGAUAUAUUUUCACUUUAUCAAAAUCAAAAUCUGAAACCAAAAACAAGUUCAUUGACCUUCGACUGAACAGCUGGAUCACAAGAGGGACUAGAGUUAUUUUUAUUGAUUUUUCCUUAUAUAAUGCUAAUGUAAAUCUAUUUUGUAUUAUCAGAUUGGUGGCAGAAUUCCCGGCAACUGGAGGAAUACUUACUUCAUGGCAGUUUUACUCUGUGAAGCUCCUCAGAUAUGUUAGCUACUAUGAUUAUUUUAUUGCUUCCUGUGAAAUCACAUUUUGUAUUUUUCUUUUUGUCUUCACAACGCAAGAAGUCAAAAAAAUAAAAGAAUUUAAGUCUGCCUAUUUCAAAAGUAUUUGGAACUGGCUAGAAUUGCUACUUUUGCUGUUGUGUUUUGUGGCUGUUUCCUUCAACACAUACUGUAAUGUACAAAUUUUUCUCUUACUUGGACAGCUGUUGAAAAGUACUGAACAAUAUUCAGAUUUCUAUUUUCUUGCAUGCUGGCACAUUUAUUACAAUAAUAUAAUUGCUAUUACCAUCUUUUUUGCGUGGAUAAAGAAUAUGUUCUUGGCAAUUAUUAAUGAUACCUAUUCUGAAGUGAAAGCUGAUUAUUCAAUAGGCAGAAGGCCGGAUUUUGAACUUGGUAAAAUGAUUAAACAGAGUUACAAAAAUGUUCUCGAGAAAUUCAGACUGAAGAAAGCUCAAAAACAUGAAGACAAGAAAACCAAAGGCAGCGGAGAUUUGGCUGAACAAGCCAGAAGAGAAGGCUUUGACGAAAAUGAGAUUCAAAAGGCAGAGCAGAUGAAAAAAUGGAAAGAGAGGCUUGAGAAAAAGUAUUAUUCCACAGAAAUUCAAGAUGACUACCAGCCUGUCACUCAAGAAGAAUUUCGAGAACUCUUUUUAUAUGCUGUGGAGCUGGAGAAGGAAUUACACUACAUCAAUUUGAAGCUAAAUCAAGUGAUGAGAAAGGUUUCAGCUCUAUAGUAUUGAGACAAGUGGAGUCAUUCAGUAAGAAAAAGGCAACAGAAGAAUUCAGUGUGAAGAUUUUCCUCCAAUUUUCUUCAGUAAUGAGAAACAAAAAGUUGGUAAUAACAAAAAGGUUGCAUUUCCAAAGUUCUUGAAGUUGAAAGAAUAAAAUUCUAGUCUUUUGCUAAAAGGAUGUAUUUGUAGUACAAAACAAUGAAGGAUACCAUGUUUGCUAAAGGUGGAGAGGACAGUCUGUGGUUAAUAUGGAACAUCACUUACACUCCCUUGAGAGGGCCUAUUUACUCUCCCAUCAUUUGUUUUGUUUACUGGCACCACAACCAAGUACAAAAUGAGAUUCUCUGAGUGCCUGACAAAAUGAAUUUAAGUACCAGCCAAGUACCCAUGAUGACAGCUUCAAGGAAUACAACUGACUUUAUGAUAUGAAUUUUCAAAGAAUGUAUUUUAUAUGGAUUUUGAAGAAUCUUGCUUGCUUAUAAGAACUUCAAGAAGCCUAAGCUUGGCUUUAAUUUUCUUGUACUCCCUGUACUCCUCAAGCACUGGAACACGAUCCUCUUUCUGGGCAUUCCUAAGGGAGAAAAUAAAAUUUGUAAUGUUCUAAAAAUCAUUUGGAAAAAAAGAUCCAAAAGUUGUCUUAAUAUGAGACAUACUGUUACUAAAUAUAAGUUCAAAUAAAAAGUUGUUCUGU